AUGAUGGAUCUGAUUGAUUUCAACAGUAUUAAGGACACUAACGUCUCACCAGAUACUCCACGGCCAAACGCAACCGAUCAAGAGCAAAUGCGUGCAGACUAUUUGGCUCAGGAAUAUAAAAAUUCUCAUUUAAAAGAUGAUAAAAGCGAAAAUGAAACAAAUAAGAAAUUGACUCAUGUGCCUACUGAGGAGAAAACGGAACAACGCAAUGAAACACUUUAUUUUACUGGAACCCAGCAAGCUGGAACAAGUGAUUAA